AUGGUUGCACGAACAGAUGGAGAGUGCGAUGGCAUGGAAGACGGCAGCAGCACACGAACAAAACGUGCCAAAAAACGUUCGUCAUCUGUCGUAACAGUUGGUCCCGAGCCCAAUCAACGUCUCGAUGUCGAACGCCCGGAAGUCCCAAUUAUUCCAGCUGGCUUCCUAAGUCCCUCCGUGCAGGAAUAUCUCGAACUUGGCAAAUCAAUUCCAGGUCGACCAGGUACGGAUUACCCGAUUUUAUCGGCAUUCCCUUACACGAAUUUCUACUGUGACGAACAAGAGUACCCGGGAUUUUUUGCCGACAUGGAAACCAGAUGUCAAGGUUGGCAUUAUUGCGACAUCGAUGGGCGUCAGGCGAGUUUCUUGUGUCCGAACGGAACGCAAUUUUCGCAAGCAGUUUUUGUGUGUGAUUGGUGGUUCAACGUUCGAUGCGACUUGUCGCCGCAAUUAUAUUCGAUUAAUGCCCGUUUGUAUCAACGACCAAAAGUGAAUCCGACACGACCGCAUCGGAUAAUUACAAAGCAAUUAGUCGAGAAUAUAUUUACAAGAUGA